AUGGAUUAUACGUCGAUUAGUCUCGAGACGAGUUUGAUGACUUUGCAGGAGUUCAGCGACGAGGAUUUCGAGGAGACGUGGCCGGAGAUUAUUGCUAAACUGGAGAAGAGUGCUAGUAAGCUGGAGAGCCAUGUUUCUCCGGACGAGGAAUACGAAUUUGUCAUGGGUUUCGCUGACCUUGCGGGCAUUAUUCAGAAGAUUGCGCUGUAUGUGGGAGUUCCACCUGGCGCGUUCCCAAGCAGUGGUAAUGAGUUUGCUGGAAUCUCUUUGGCGUUCAGGAGAAUGAUCAAUACGUUGAGUCGCAUCAGUAUUUCUCACAGUAUUGGGUCCAUGAUACGCCAUCAGUCGGUGGGAAGCUUGGAAGAGCCUGACCAGGCGGCUGACAGUGAUAAACUGAAGAGUGCCAUCCAGCAGCUGGUUACUUAUGCCAAAGAUCUGAUAUUCCAGACACGAAGCAAGAUUCAGGAAGAAAACAGUCUCAAUGACUCGUUUGAAGCGAACGAGACGGGAGAGAUGAAGUUGCCCGAAAAAAUCGAGAUUCCUCUUAGCAAGUUUGAUGUCAAGUAUUUCGUCGACGGUCUGUGGACUAAUAUCGUGGUCAACAGGUCUGGCCAGCUGGUUCCUCAGGAUUCGUCGAUUCCUGGUAGUUUGACUCUGUUGGAGCAAAAGUUUGCUUCUUCUCGAUCAUCAACCUCACAAGAACCUACUAAUCGUCUUCGUAUGCCCCUGGAGACUUAUAACACUUCACUUGCAGUCGAUACAGAAGUCAUUUCUGUACUGGAAAUGAGAAUCAAGACCGUUAAGAACAUCCUCAACCAGUUUGUCAAGCUGUCAAAUACUGCAUCCUCCACUAAAAGCCUUGAUGCUACUCAGGAUCGCCGCAAAAUCCUCGGUUCGUCUCUGCAAGCUCUUAUUAAUGUCUCCAAAGUGAUUGUCAACAUAAUCGAAUCCAUUGAUCUCACAGCGUUUUACGCCUGUAGAGCAUCAGUUGCCGAAUCACACUCGUCAAUGACGCGAUUGUUUGCCUUUUUGGAGGCCAAACAAGCCAUUUACGACGCUCUCGCCGAACUCGAAGUGGUAAGAAAUCAAAAUGAAGCUGGUGAUAGCAAUUUUAUCGCUGCUUUGGCAGAAAAGUUUGAAAAAUCAAAGCUGGAAGAAAUCUAUUUCACUUACGAGCAAACUAAUGAACAACAAAUUAAAGAAAAGGUUUUCAAAUUGGACGCUGUACUUGCUAGUGUAGUCGAAAGUGCAAAGAACCUGUCAACAGAAUUGAGAAGCAUUGUGGCUGUUGAUUCGCGACUCUUGGAUACCACUGGCACUUCUUCGUUUCCUAGAGAACUCGCUGCAGCUGCUGCUGCCGCUGCUGCUGUUGCUGUGUCUUCUACGGCGGGAGGUAAUUCUUCUAAUGGUGCCAUGAGUCCUAGAUCGACAUAUUCCGCUAAACGAAAAGAGUCUGCUGUAGACAGCUUUAGUAUUGGUUCUCAUUCUAUCCGUGAAGAUGGACCAUGGUUCCUGCAACUGGAACACGGCGAUGAAAUCGUAUAUGAUAAGAAGGGCUCGUCUAUUCGAGGAGGUUCUCAAAGAGCUCUUGUUGAGCAGCUGACUCUACAUAGUAGAUUGAAUUCCGAGUUCAACGUUGCUAUGUUGUUGACAUUCCAAAGUUUUAUGGACGCGACUAAUCUGUUUGAACAAUUGGUAGAACGGUUCCUCAUUCAGCCUCCCGAGGGGUUGACUUCUGAAGAGUUUGCAUUGUGGGCUGAAAAGAAACAACGGCCAACUCGUCUUCGUGUGGUUAAUAUUCUCAAAACUUGGUUGGAAAACUACUGGUUUGAAGACGAUAGUGAAGAUCUUACUUCAGAAGCACGAAGCUCAUUGUUUGAGUCCAUGUCCAAGUUCGCUGAACAACUAAAAGCUCAAAAGUUCCCUGGUGGCGCUUCUUUGUACAAUAUUGUGGAAAAAAGAAUGAACGACAAGGAGCCUUCAUUCAAGCGAAUGAUUGUCACCACAACCACCCAACCACCACCUCCUAUUCUACCUCGUAACUUGAAGAAGUUUAAGCUUACUGAGAUUGAUCCUGUGGAGAUGGCUCGUCAAUUAUCAGUGAGAGAAUUCAAGCUGUUAGUUGUUAUUACCAGUCAUGAGUGUUUGUUGCGUGGAUGUGGUGGUUUAGGAAAAUCGUCCAAUUCAGGCGGUCGUAAGAUUGGUGAGUUCAUUCGUAACUCCAAUUGUUUGACCAACUGGGUUGCAUACGCGAUUUUGAGGCAUUCUGAGGCAAAGAGAAGAGCUUCUACAAUUCGAUACUUUAUACAUGUUGCCGAAGCUUGUAGAGCGCUUAACAACUUCUCAUCGAUGACUGCAAUUAUAUCUGCACUUUAUUCGUCGACUAUCCACCGUAUGAAGAAGACUUGGGAUUAUGUUUCCAGCAAGAACACAGCCAAGCUCGAAAACAUGAACCGACUAAUGAAUUCAUCAAGAAACUUCAACGAAUACCGAGAUCUGCUCAACCUUGUGCCUCCUCCUGCAGUACCAUUUUUUGGUGUCUAUCUUACCGAUUUGACAUUUGUUGAAGAUGGUAAUCCAGACUAUCUUGAUACUGAGCACAAGAUUGUCAAUUUCGCCAAGCGCCAGAAGACGGCUACUAUCAUUGAAAACAUCCGUCAGUUUCAAAUCGUUCCUUAUAAUUUUGAGGAACUGGCCGAUGUUCAACUGUUUUUGGAUCGAGGCUUUGAAGAGGCUCCUCCUAUUGAAGAGCAAUAUGACACAUCUUUGAACUUUGAGCCUCGUGAAAAGCCUGGUACUGACAAGGUCGCCAAACUGUUUGAAGAAAACGGUAUAUUAUGA